AUGUUGCAUGAAGCAAGGGACAGGCAGAAGUUUGUCAGUGAUGUGCAAUAUCUCCGAGACAUGCAACAUAAGGUGGACUCUGAAUAUCAGGCUUGUUUGAGACGACAUGAAUUUAAAAAAGACCCAAGUGAGAAGAAACGAGAUCAGUUUGGGGGACAAGACACAAGUGAGAGAACCUGGUAUUCAAGCGGGUCAUCUUCCAAACAGACUGUUAGUGAGGAGGAUUCUGUAACUGAACCAAGAUACACCAGGCUAUCUUCAGCUAAGUGUGAUGCUAGACUUCCAGCAAUUGACCAAGCAUCCGUAUCCGUCAAGCAGAAACAUAAAAGUACCAUGACCCUGAAGAAACCAGAGAAGGCAGGACCCAGCAAACCCUCUCCAGUGACACAGACACCAAAGAUUUUAUCAAGGAAGAGGAGACCAAAUCUGGGGAGACUGACAGUCAGCCCGGAAAUGUCCAGUCCGCGAGUAUCUGGGGAGAGAAGCAGACAGAAAUCGCAGCUGCCAGCAAAGGUGCCAGCCCUCGUGGGAGCAGCUCCGGUAGUUCAACCCGAAGGCCUGAUGUUUGCAGGUGAGACGAAGCUGAAGCGACCAAGUCGAGAAAGAAAAACCCUAGCCCCACCCCCGCCGCUGGUGAGGCUGGGGGAGAAAGCCCCCGAGAGGCCCAAGAAAGGAGAACCCAGUGUCCUUUCCCAGAAGGAGCCCCAUUCAGCCCUCUCGCAGCCCUUCCAGGCCAUGAAGAGUGAGCCUUUGGGGUCACCUCUCAUACCCAGUGGCUCCACGGGAGCAACAAGAAGAGGGACGCCAUUUAGGUUCCGAGAUGAAGACUUUUAUUCUACAUUUUCAAUAAACGUGGUCCCAGAAGGCGAUGACACGGAAGAGGAAAUUCAAGAGGAAGAACAACUUCUGCUGGCUGGCAUGCGCUCCCCUCGUUCUCCUUCCAACCAGAAAAGAAAUCCAUUCCUGGGGACAGCAACCACUCAAGCCCAAAAUAAUAAUUUUGAAGAAAAUGCUGAAAAUAGUCAAGGCACUUCUCUAAGAAGAAGUGAACCCAAGCUUGGCUCACUCCGAAUACACAAUACAACGGAGCCAGUGACAAAGCAGCAAGACUCCGAACUGGCGGAUGAGGAGCCUGCUAACGAGAACGACAGCGAUGGCGGUGCCAAUGAGCAAAAGACCGAAUCGGACACCAAAUCCCAGCCCAGACAAGACGAUGAUCUCAGUGCCGAAGAUGCACCUUGCAAUCUCGGCUCUACGGAAGCACCCGGGGUCCAAGACUACGAGAGAGAUUGGCAAGACUAUUUAAAUGGUUCCAGAAAUUCUUUUGACUGCUUGCUUUCAGGUAGACCCACAGUCCCAAGAUCAUCGUCAUUGAAUUCUUACCACACUCCUGGGUCAUUGAUGCAUUCUGCUCUGAUAGAUGACAUUCCAGUAGACUUGUCAGUGUCAUCUAUUUUAGUUCACGGUUCUGAGCUGGAGGAAAAUUCAAGAUUCAAUGCUCGCCGACCACUGUCCCCUAUUAGGAGUAGGAAUCCAUUUGCCAACACUGAGAACCACAAUAUUUUUCUGGUAAACACGACGCGUGAAUUUGACAUCAGGGGAGCAGAGCGCAUUACUUUAACAAGCCAACCUCAGGGGGCUUCGCUAUAUGCAGAAGACUUCUUACUAAAUCCUCAAGGCAGUUUGUCCUUGGCAGACACUCCCAGACCUUCUCUAUCAAGAAUGGACGUACAAGGCCAUUUGCAUAUGCCUGAGUCCCUGCAAGAAGCUAUCCCUUUUACUUUCUUUGCAGUGUCUGAUUUCACAAAUCAAAAUGAUGGUGAGGCCAACAUAGCAGUCUCUGGUUUCACAGAUGAGAAGGGGGAGACUGAGACAAAAGCAGACCCUGAGAAACUCAAGAAAUUGCAAGAAAGUCUCCUGGAGGAAGACUCUGAGGAGGAAGGAGAUUUGUGUCGCAUCUGUCAGAUAGCCGGGGGUUCCCCCACCAACCCCCUGCUGGAGCCCUGUGGCUGUGUGGGAAGCCUGCAGUUUGUUCACCAAGAGUGCCUGAAAAAGUGGCUGAAAGUGAAGAUCACCUCAGGAGCUGAUCUAGGCACUGUGAAGACCUGUGAAAUGUGUAAGCAGGGCCUACUGGUCGACCUGGAUGACUUCAACAUGACUGAGUUCUAUCAGAAGCACCAGCAAUCCCGGGCACAAAACGAGCUGAUGAAUUCAGGUUUGUACCUGGUACUGCUGCUUCACCUCUAUGAGCAGAGGUUUGCCGAGCUCAUGAGACUCAACUACAGGCGGGUUUCAAGAGAGAGGUUGUCAAGAAAUCACCCACAACCCAGACCGGAAGAAAAUGAAAGUUCCGAGUCGGGAGAUGGAAAUGAGAGCACCUUUUCAAGCCAUGUGGUCUAACGAGGGAGCUGGCCGCGGGGCGCAGCAGAGACCCCUACAGCCGGCAGCUCCCCGUCCCGUGAGCCCCCUUUCCUCCUCCUCUUUACCGAAACCGAAGCCACCGUGUCCAGUUACACUAUGCAACUUGUGCCGCUCUGUUUGGAGCUCUGGCCUGAGCCAUCACAGCAGCCAGGAGGGACAAGGGAGUCCCAGACAGCCCAGGGCUAAACCUCUGGGGCUGCUGAGCCCUUGGCAGGCUGUCCUCCUGUUGCCAAGAAGCCCAAGGAGACCCAGCUGCCCUUGCAGUCCCGGCAGCUGGGAUCCAUGGCUCAGGACGCUGGUUCAGGCUUCCAUCCACCCCGAGUGGAAUGGAGCCAGGCCUUCAGUAAACUGACUUUAUUCUCCGCCCUUCA